AUGGCGUCCUCAUCCACCGUGUCCCCCCUGGCCAAAUACAAGCUGGUGUUCCUUGGCGACCAAUCGGCGGGGAAGACGAGCAUCAUCACCAGGUUUAUGUAUGACAAGUUCGACAACACAUACCAGGCCACGAUUGGAAUCGAUUUCCUCUCCAAGACAAUGUAUUUGGAGGACCGAACCGUGCGCCUGCAGCUGUGGGACACAGCAGGCCAGGAGCGCUUCCGAAGCCUGAUCCCCAGCUACAUCCGUGAUUCAUCGGUGGCUGUCAUAGUCUACGACGUCACCAACCGCCAGUCGUUUCUCAACACCUCGCGAUGGAUUCAGGAAGUGAGGCAGGAGAGGGGGCAUGACGUCAUCAUCGUCUUGGUUGGCAACAAGACCGAUCUGGUGGACAAACGACAAGUGUCGAUAGAGGAGGGGGAUGCCAAGUCCCGAGAACUUGGUGUGAUGUUUGUUGAGACAAGUGCAAAGGCUGGCUUCAAUAUUAAGGCCCUGUUUCGAAAGAUCGCUGCGGCCCUGCCAGGAAUGGAAAACGUGUCCACAGCCAAGCAGGAGGACCUGGUGGAUGUGACACUCACAUCGUCUGCGGGGACGGGUACUGGUGCAGACACAGCUGCCAGCCAGUGCUCCUGUUGA